AAAGGACUGGUCACCUUCCUCCACGAAACUGUUCUGUUCAUUCUCUUAACAGAACGAAGCAAAUAGAGAGUUCAGGAAAAUGUCGGACGAGGAACACCACUUCGAGUCAAAGGCCGACGCAGGGGCGUCAAAGACAUACCCUCAACAAGCUGGUACCAUUCGUAAGAAUGGAUAUAUUGUCAUCAAGAACAGGCCUUGCAAAGUUGUAGAAGUUUCCACUUCAAAGACAGGCAAGCAUGGACAUGCAAAGUGCCACUUUGUGGCAAUCGACAUAUUUAAUGGGAAGAAGCUUGAAGAUAUUGUUCCUUCGUCCCACAACUGUGAUGUUCCUCAUGUUUCUCGCACUGACUAUCAGUUGAUUGAUAUCUCUGAAGACGGUUUCGUGAGUCUUUUGAUGGAUAAUGGAGACACAAAGGAUGAUCUGAGACUUCCCACCGAUGACAAUCUGCUCAGCCAGAUUAAAGAUGGGUUUGCUGAAGGAAAGGACCUUGUGUUAACCGUUAUGGCUGCAAUGGGAGAGGAGCAGAUCUGUGCCCUUAAGGAUAUUGGCCCCAAAAAUUAAAUAUGAUGAUGCUGUAGCAGUAGCUAUGGCUGAUGGCAAAUGAAUACGUUUGCUUUUAUGUUUGACAGGGAUUAUAUCUUCUGGGUGUGCAAUAAGUUUCUCUAAGAUGGGCAUUUGACGUUGUGUAAAUUAGCGCAUUUAGAUGUGCUUAAAAUCUGUUGAGGCUUGUGAAUGGGUAAAGAGAAAGGUGUUGGGGCUGCUGAUCCCUCAGACGAAAGGAACUCAAGUUUAAAUCAGGAUAGACUUUAUAUAAAUAUAACUACUGUCAUGUUCUUGUUACUUUUUUAGCUUUUGCCAUUGUGGGGGCUGUGGUAGACUGCAUGUUUUUUUCUGGGUUAAUUUAAAAAAGAAUAUGGGUUUUCAUGUUUUUGCGGUUCGAAACCCAAGUUUCGAACUUUCGAAGUUGAUAUAUGAAUUUUUACAUUUUGACAAUUCGUUUCAACCAUUUUCAUGUCCUUGGCAUUCUAGUGGCAAACUCUCCUUUCGUUUUGAAGAGGCAACCAGUUGCAUCAUCAUCACGCCUUAUAAUGGGGAAAGGUUGGCUUAUACCUUACUGGAUUAAAGACUCCUGUGUGAAAGAUGUUGGAUCCGGAUGGAUAUGAAUCAAGUUGAGAACUAACUACCUAUGAUCAGCCUGCGGUCAGGUUGUGUCCAUGCCCUGCGCUUCUUGUUCCACAUUUUCAGAAGAAAGUGCGCCAAGUCAGGGCUAUCCCUGCCCGCUUAGAAUUUUGUUUUUUUUUUAACCUCCAUUUACACCCUUCUGAUCAGUCAUCUUAAAUCUCUAAGAUAGUGGUACUGUGCUUGUAUCUAGCCUUCGACAUCAAUUUGAUUCUUGACAUCAUUUUCUCUGAUA